AUGAACAAUAAUAACAAAGCUCGCGCCACCUACCGGCCAGGAAUUGCCAGUAUGUUCUCCACUGUCAGGCACUGCCAGUAUGUUCUACACUGCCAGGCACUGCCAGUAUGUUCUCCACUGUCAGACAUUAACAGUAUGUUCUCCACUGUAAGGCACUGCCGGUAUGUUCUCCACUGUCAGGCACUGCCAACACUGUCAGUAUGUUCUACACUGUCAGGAACUGACAGUAUGUUCUCCACUGUCAGGCACUGUCAGUAUGUUCUCCACUGUCAGGCACUGCCAGUAUUCUCUUUAAUGUCAGAUAUUACCAUUAUGUUUUCACUGUCAGGCACUGCCAGCAGGUACUCCACUGUCAGUCACUGCAAGUUUGUCCUCCACUGUCAGUCACUGCCAACACUGCCAGUAUGUUCUCCACUGUUAGACAAUGCCAGUAUGUACUCCACUGCCAGGCACUGCCAGUAUGUUUUCCACUGUCAAGCAGUGCCAGUAUGUUCGCCACUGUCAGGCACUGCCAGUAUGAACUCCACUGUCAGGCACUGCCAGUAUGUUCUCCACUGUCAGACACUGUCAGAUUAUUCUCCACUGUCAGGCACUGGCAGUAUGUUCUCUACUGAGAGAUACUGUCAGCACUGCCAGUAUGUUAUCAACUGUCAGGCACUGUCAGUAUGUUCUCCACUGUCAGGCACUGUCAGUAUGUUGUCCACUGUCAAGCACUGCCAGUAUGUUCUCCACUUCCAGGCACUGUCAGCACUGCCAGAAUGUACUCCGCUGUCAGGCAUUGCCAGUGUGGUCUCCACUGUCAGGCACUGCCAGUAUGUACUCCGUUGUCAUGCACUGCCAUUAUGUUCUCCACUGUCAGGCACUGCCAGUACGUUCUCCACUGACAGACACUGCCAGUAUGUAUUCCACUGUCAGGCACUGCCAGAAGGGUCUCCACUAUCAGGCACUGCCAGCACUGUCAGUACGUUCUACACUAUCAGGCACUGCCAGUAUGUUGUCCACUGUCAGGCACUGCCAGUAUGUUCUCCACUGUCAGGCACUGCCAGUUUGUUCUCCAAUGUCAAAUAUGACCAUAAUGUUUUCACUGUCAGGCACUGCCAGCAGGUUCUUCACUGCCAGUCACUGCAAGUAUGUCCUCCACUGUCUGUCACUGCCAGUAUGUUCUCCACUGUUAGGCACUGCCAGUAUGUUCUCCACUGCACUGCCAGUUUGUUCUCCACUGUCAGACAUUACCAGUAUGUUCUCCGCUGUCAGGCACUGCCAGUAUGUUCGCCACUGUCAGGCACUGCCAGUAUCUACUCCGCUGUCAGGCACUGCCAGUAUGUUCUCAACUGUCAGACACUGUCAGAUUGUUCUCCACUGUCAGGCACUGCCAGUAUGUUCUCCACUAUCAGGCACUGUCAGUAUGUUUUCCACUGUCAGGCACUGCCAGUAUGUUCUCCACUGUCAGACAUAACCAUUAUGUUCUCCGCUGUCAGGCACUGCCAGUAUGUUCUCAACUGUCAGGCACUGCCAGUAUGUUGUCCACUGUCAAACACUGCCAGUAUGUUUCCACUGCCAGGCACUGCCAGUAUGAUAUACAAUGUCAGACACUGCCAGUAUGUUCUAAACUGUCAUGAACUGAGAGCACUGCCAGCAGGUACUCCACUGUCAGUCACUGCAAGUAUGUUCCUCACUGUCAGUCACUACCAGUAUGUUCUCCACUGUCAGUCACUGUCAGCACUGCCAGAAUGGUUUCCACUGUCAGGCACUGCCAGAAUGUUCUCAAACUGUCAGACUAAACCAUUAUGUUCUCCACUGCCAGGCACUGCCAGUAUGUUAUCCACUGUCAGACACUGCCAGUAUGUAUUCCACUGUCAGGCACUGCCAGAAUGGUUUCCACUGUCAGGCACUGCCAGAAUGUUCUCCACUGUCAGACAAAACCAUUAUGUUCUCCACUGUCAGGAACUGACACACUGCCAGUAUGUACUCAGCUGUCAGGCACUGCCAGUAUGUUCUCCACUGUCAGGCACUGUCAGUAUGUUCUUUAAUGACAGAUAUUACCACUGUGAUUUCACUGUCAGGCACUGCCAGCAGACACCGUGGGUUUGUUCUCCACUGUCAGACACCGUGGGUAUGUACUCCACUGACAGGCACUGCCAGUAUGUUCUCCAUUGUCAGGCACUGCCAGUAUGUUCUCCACUGUCAGGCACUGCCAGUAUGUACUCCACUGUCGGGCACUGCCAGUAUGUUCUACACUGUCAGGCACUACCAGUAUGUUCUCCGCUGUCAGGCACUGCCAGUAUAUUCUCCUCUGUAAGAAACUGCCAGUGUGUACUCCACUGUCAGGCACUGCCAGUAUUUUAUCCACUGUCAGGCACUGCCAGUAUGUUCUCCACUGUCAGGCACUGCCAGUAUGUUCUCCACUGUCAGGCACUGCCAGCACUGCCAGUAUGUACUCCACUGUCAGACACUGCCAGUAUGUUCUCAACUGUCAGGCACUGCCAGUAUGUUCUCCACUGUCAGGCACUGCCAAUAUGUUCUUUACUGUCAGGCACUGCCAGUAUGUUCUCCACUGUCAGGCACUGCAAGUAUGUUCUCCACUGUCAGACACUCUCAGAUUGUUCUCCACUGUCAGGCAUUGCCAGUAUAUGUUCUCCACUGUCAGGCACUGCCAGUAUGUUCUCCACUGUCAGGCACUGCCAGUAUGUUCUCCACCGUCAGGCUAUGCCAGUAUGUUCUCCACUGUCAGGCACUGCAAGUAUGUUCUACAUUGUGAACUCCAUUGUCGGGCACUGCGAGUAUGUGCUCCACUGUCAAUCACUGCCAGUAUGUUCUACACUGUCAGGCAAUGCCAGUAUGUUCUCCACUGUCAGGCACUGCCAGUUUGUUCUCCACUGCCAGGCACGGUCAGUAUUUUCUUCAGUGUCAGUUAUUGUCAGUAUAUUCUCCACUGUCAGGCACUGCCAGUAUGUUCUCCACUGUCAGGCACUACCAGUAUUUUCUCCACUGUCAGGCACUGCCAGUAUGUUCUCCACUGUCAGACACUCUCAGAUUGUUCUCCAUUGUCAGGCAUUGCCAGUAUAUGUUUCCACUGUCAGGCACUGCCAGUAUGUUCUCUACUGGCAGGCACUGCCAGUAUGUUCUCCACCGUCAGGCUAUGCCAGUAUGUUCUCCACUGUCAGGCACUGCAAGUAUGUUCUACACUGUCAGUCACUGCCAGUGUGA